AUGAAGAGGGUGGAGAGGCACAUGGUCAGGGGACCACUACAGAAGCACUUUGAUUUGGAGAGGGAGAACGCCAAGCAGGCUGGCCAAAGACUGCAGAGACUAGAGGAUAUCUGCCUAUACCAUGUGAAGUUGUUGAGCAGGGAGCAGAGGCGGCUCCAAAAAGAACUGCAGAGGUUGCAGCAAGAUAUCAUCAAGGAAAUGUUCUCCUCUUACUUUGAGAAGGGAAGUCAGAAGAGACCAGAAGAUGUUCUUAUGUUCUCAUCACAGGGAGGACAGAAGCACAGGGAUCUACAGGCUAAUAAAUUUAGAGCACUGACGACAAAUACGAUCCAAGGAAUAUACAAAACCAAGUCCCAGAUGCCUCCUUUCCAUCACACUGGUCCCAAGGACCCCAUGAAAAGCAAAAGGCAGUCGCUAUCUCAAAAUAACAGAACUUCCCACUUUAUAGAAGAGAAGCCGCAAGCCCAAGAGAAAUAUUCUAUAAACCCACUGAAGGGCAAAGACUCCAACAAGGGCAUCUCUCUUCUAUGUCAAGAUCAAGACGUCUCCACUCACACCCUAGACCAAGGCCCCAGUUCCAGCCCAGCUGGUGGUAGCAGAAUGGCACACGGCGAUGAGACCAGAUCAAAUGAUGCCAACAAAAGGCCAGACCAUACCCCUGGGAAACAAAUUCCCCUGAAUCCCGUGGAAUGUGGAGGGAACUUCAAAGGCGAGCCCAAAACAUCAACCUAUUCAGAGUUGUUUGCAAAGGCCAGAAACACUCACUACCUCCGGCACCAGGUCCCCCCUGAGUCUGAGAGAUUGCUUAGCAUUGGGGAGAUCUCUGGGCACAAGGAAUCCUCACAGUACAGAGCAGAAAAGGGGUGUAAAAACAGGGUGACCAUCUAAGUUACUUCCU